GGCUGAUGCAACUGGGAGACAAUUGUCAUGUGACGGGGGGAAUAUGGGGUUGAUGUUUGAUGAGGUAGGAUGCUCUGCACUAUUUACUUGAUGAGAAGUGACGUUCUGCGGACACAGCUCUAACAAACAAGUCUUGUUGCUGCUCAGAUGUUUACUGUGCUGAGAAAUGACCCCGCCUGACUGCUAGGAAUGUGGAGGUAAUGUGUCUUAUGCAAUACACACUCCAUCGCAUCCACUCUACACCAUCACAUCUCUUUGGAGCUCCAGCUGAAAGAAGUAACCUGGAUCCUGCACACUGAUGCCCUAGGACCCCCAGGAAGAUAAAAUCUCCACAGGUGCUGCUGCUUGGAGUAAAGGAAUGAAAAUUUACAGACGUGUAGGUUUUGGAUUUUCCACUGUCCUAAUCUGCAGGAGUACAUCUGACAUCUGAUUUCAGGAUUGUACAGACAUGAUGCUGAAGAUCGUUCUCCUCUUAGGCUUUUCUCUGCAGCUGCUGGGUGACUCUGAGGGGCAGGCCUGUUCUGAGCAGCGUGAAGCUCUCAGAGUUCUGCGCCAGGUUCAAAAGCUGCUCACUGACCAUGAAGCCUCGUACCUGCGUGGGAUGAGGACACUCAGCAGAAGACUCAACCAGCUGAGGGGGCAACUUCAGAGACAAGAGGAUAAAGAUUCAUGCCCGCAGUUAAAGCCACCACGUCACGGUCGGAUACUGGGUAGAAAGCUGAAAGUAGGAAAUGAGCUCCAUUUCUUGUGUGACCCAGGCUACCAGUUAACCGGCUCUGAAUCCAGAACCUGCAUGGACAACCAGACAUGGAGUGGACAGCCGGCCAUUUGCAGUGAGCUGGUAUCCCUGACGAACACCUCAUCCCUCAUUACGCGCCAGGCCAAGUGUUCCACCUUCCAGGGAGUUCAGCACUGCUCCUGUGACCCCGGAUACGUCAUCCAAACUGGAGGCCUCUGUCAAGAUAUAGAUGAAUGUAGUUUAUACCAUGGGAAAGCAGGAUCAAAGAUCUGUGUGCACGAAUGUGUGAAUACGCCUGGGUCAUACCAAUGUGUGUGUCCACAGGGUUAUCUCCUGGAUAUGCAGCAGAACAGCUGUAAAGACAUAGAUGAAUGUGUCUCCAAUCAGUCAGCGUGUUCAGGUGGAGAACAAUGUGUUAAUCUGUAUGGUGCCUUUAAAUGUGUCCGGCCAGAGUGUCCCAAACCCAAGCUGAAUGUGACAUAUGUCAAGAUCUCCAGCCACCAGUGUGAGCGAAUACCAUGCCCCUUGGGAAGCAGUAGUUGCCUGGAAGCCCCUCAUUCUAUCUCCUUUCACUACAUCUCUCUACAAUCCCAGCUGCCAGUUCCCAGCAUCCUGUUCACCAUGACUGCUCCCCGCUCCCAAGGUGACAGCCAACGUUUUACCCUGACAAGAGGCAAAGGUCAUCGUGGCUUAGAAGUACGACAAGCCGGCAGACACCGGGGUGAGCUCAUCCUUACCAAGACAGUGAAUGGCCCAGCCGAGCUUCAAGUGGAUGUAGAGAUGGCGGAGAUGUCACCACAGGGGCUGCUGGGGAAACACAUAUUUACGGUCACCUUGUUUGUGUCGCAGUACACAUUCUAGGUACCUGGCAGGUUACACGGCAAGGCUUUAGCACUCAGCCUACUAUAAAAGGUUUAUAAAGUUGGCACAGAUCAGAGUAACUGGAUAGGGUUAAUGUGGUAGGGAUUGCUUCACGCUGCAGCUUAUUUCUUAUGCUAACGUUAUAGAAAUGAUAAAUGAACAUGUUUUCUUGACUAAAGGCCUGGUAGGCGGAUGACAGGGCAUUUAAAAUGUCUCCGGGGCCACAUUGGUUGGGGAGGGGUGCUGUAAUCUCUCCAGGGUAACGUAAGGACAGCUUUGCAGCACAAGGAGACGGCUGAGAAAGGGCAGUUUGUUGAGAAUAUGUCAGGUAAACACCAUGGGCAGCAGAUUCCAGGAAUAACAUUCUCCAUAAACCUGCGCCCACAGCAUGGAGCAGACACCAGACCCAGAGGAGAACACAGGGGAAGUGUCUAGUGCCCGAGCGGUCACAUACCAGCUGAUUAUAUAGACCACAUAUGAAAUGGUCCAAUCUGCUGGCACUAAAAUAUAGAGCAGGAGGAGCUAAGCAGAGUGUAUAUAGCUUUGUGUGAAAGUUCCAGGAUAACUUGUCAUUUAUUCAUGGGCUAAGUAGUA